AUGUCCCCGCUUAAAGAUUCUAACUAUGAGGAAAACACCCAGCUUAUCGAUUGGAUAACAUCGAGAAUUCCUACAUUCGAAAAAGAAGUAGAUAAAGUGGUUCGAACAACCCAAGUUCGUACUUGGACCAGGUACUGUCUAUUGUGUUCAACGAUUAUGAUAUGCAUAUUGCUACCACUGAGAAACUAUUUAAUAUUAACAGAACGAUUCUUUAGCAUUUCGCAUCGUCUGAAGCAUCACAUCCUAGGACGACAGUCACUUUUGCAUAAAUCAAGAUUAUAUCACAAUAGAUCAUUUCGAAUAUGUCUAUUUUGGUUUGCAACACUUUGUUUUUUCACAUUUUACAAUACGCAGCAGGAUUUAUUACAGAUAACGAAACGUAUGGGCAGGAUUGCUGUAGCAAUGAUGCCGCCAUUACUCUUUUUGUCCUUACGUCCUUCACCAUUACCCAAGACUCUAUACCUAUCUCUUCUGCCUAUACAUAAAUGGAUUUCGAGGAUAGUAGUCCUAGAAUCACUUUUACAUACAGGAUUCUAUCUACUUUACAUGCAAAAGAAGAACAGUCUACAGAAACUUAAAAAAUUACCUAAUAUAUACGGAAUAAUUGCUAUGUUAUUAUUUAUUGCUAUCGGUGCCACCUCCAUAAAUCCUGUAAGAAGGUGCAACUUUAGGUUGUUUUAUUAUAUACAUUACAGCUUCACAUGGAUGACAGUCAUCUUAUUACAUUUCCAUGCUCGCCCAGGGAUACCUUAUUAUACCGCGAUGAAUUGUAUUAUAUUAUCUUACCAGAUUUACUAUAGAGUAAGCCAUACAAGACAAACAGUUGUAACUACCUAUCCCGUUUCACCAUCAUUGACAUUAUUAGAAUUUCCAUUAAGUGAUUUAACUAAUAAACCUACGUUACCAUCUGCACAUGUCCGCCUCAAUAUUUGCCAUAAAAACUUCAUAAAAAGAAUCUUUUUCAAAAUUAUACCUUUCCAACAUCCUUUCACGAUAGCCACUUUACCAACCGAUGAAACCAUAAAACUUAUAAUAAGGAAUGGUCAGCUACCAUUAAGAACUAACAAAUCAUAUGAUGUUACAGGUGCAUUUGACCCAGAACUAAAUUUUAUUGAACAGCCGACCAAACCCAGCAAUUUAACAAAUUCCCUCUUAGAGACCUAUAGCAACUAUAAUCCCUUUCAAGUUAAUUCUACAUCAUUAUUAACAUCACCUUUGCAUUACAUAAUACAUGCUAAAAGAGUUUUAAUUUUCGUCGGUGGAUCAGCUAUUUCAUUUGGUUUACCACUGCUUCGAAUUCUCAAUUUUAAUGGUGUCGUAGUUAGAUUAAUUUGGGUUUCAAGAGAUUACAGAGAUUUAAAAUUAUUAAGCUAUUUCAAAAACAACUUCCAAGGAAUGGAGAUUUAUAUUAGUGGAUGUAUUGGAAAGGAACAAGAUAUCCAAAUCGAUUAUGUCGAUUUUGACCAACCAUCAAGGGAAAAUGUUUGCGAUAUCUCAGAGAACACUUUCCAUCCAUGUCAAAGGAUAUGCGCGGAACAGACACUGCAUUCUGAUGAAACAAAGCCCAUCACGAAAGGUAGAUCAUGCAAAUAUGGGUCCAUUAAGAAAUGCUCCACUUCCACGAAUUUAACUAAUAUGGCUGAAAGUAAAGAGAUUGAUGAGAUUGAUUUUACUUCAAUGUUUGGAUCAGGUAAAAAGAAGUCAAAAUCGGUUGUAAAUGUCAGCGAAUUGGAAUCCGGGCUAACGUUGAGGAAUGAGGAUCCCUUUCGGAAACCUAUUACAAUCAAUCCACCCCCAUGCGAUUUCAAGCCAUAUAACAAGCUGCAAACAAAUAUGGAGAGUCCAAAUAAUAUGAAAGUGAAAGUUCCCUCAGGUGUUAAAGUAUAUUUCGGUAGGCCAACAUUAUGUGAAACAGAUUAUGAAUGGUGCUUAGAAAGGGAUUGCUCUGCUGAUGUGCAGGAUGACGCUGGUUGUCAGACUAACUAUGAAAGCAAUGAAAUAGAGGAUUUAUCAAAUGUUUGGGUCGUAGCAGCUGGACCUGCGGGACUAGUGGAAAGUACAAGAAGGUGGACUAACGACUUAGGGCUGCAUUUCCAUGCAGAAAACUAUGCAGUAUGA